UUAUUAUUGAAAACAGAUUUACUUUUACUCAUUACACAAACUAUAUAAGAGCCAGAGGGUAUCGCUGUCCGGAGACUCUCAAUCCGGGAGCUUUUCUUUGAAAAGAUAAAAUUCAUUUUCAAGUCGUUCUUUGUCCUAGCAACAUCAUGACUACGAAAACCAACGGGUACCAAAGUAAUGGUACUGCCAAAGUGACCAGAAGUGAGGAAAUUGAUAGUGGAGAAAGAUAUACUUAUGAAUUAUUAGUAGAAACUGUAGAGUAUUUGAAAAAAAAGGUACCAUUCGCACCACAAGUGGGUAUUAUUUGCGGAUCUGGAUUGGGUUCCUUAGCAGAAACAUUAGUAAAUUCCAUCGAAAUCCCCUACACGGAAAUUCCACAUUUUCCAAGAAGUACCGUUAAAGGCCAUGCAGGCUCUUUGGUUUUUGGUUACUUGUCUGGAUUGCCCACUGUGGUAAUGAAGGGCCGUUUCCAUUACUACGAGGGCUACCCUUUGUGGAAAUGUUGCAUGCCGAUUAGGAUUAUGAAGUUGUUAGGUGUAUCUCAUCUGUUCAUCACCAACGCCGCCGGAGGCCUGAACCCAAAAUACAGAGUGGGCGACAUAAUGUUCGUCAAAGACCACAUCAACAUAAUGGGCUUCGCCGGUAAUAACCCUUUGCAAGGACCCAACGACGAACGUUUCGGACCCAGAUUUCCACCCAUGAACCAAGCUUACAACCGAGACAUUAUCAAAUUGGCGAAAAAGGUCGCCCACGAAAUUGGUUUGGGCGACAAGGUCCACGAAGGUGUUUAUACUUGUUUGGGUGGACCUAAUUUUGAAACUGUUGCUGAACUAGGCAUGUUGAAGAUGUUAGGUGCAGACGCAGUUGGUAUGUCGACAGUUCACGAAGUGAUCACUGCGAAUCACUGCGACAUGACGGUGUUCGCUUUUAGUUUGAUCACCAACGAGUGCGUGGUUCAGUACGAAACCACCCAGGAACCGAACCACGAAGAAGUGAUCGACGUGGGUAAAAAACGCGAAGGGCUUUUAAAGAAAUUCGUCAGCGAAAUUUUGAGACAGAUUUUCGAAAAAGGGAUUCACAAUUGAAUUAGAGUAUUUUUUUAGAUUAAUUAAUUUAUGUUUUACUUUAUGUUUUUUUUUUUUGUAAAAUUUUAUAAAGCUAAAAUUCAUUCCCUGAUGGCAACUCCGAGAGUUCAAAUUUCUUGUUGAUAUUGGCAAGUAAUCCAUGAUCAUACCAAAUAUUGCUUCCAAUAAUCAAUAACAGAUAGGGUUUUUUCUGGUAUUUGCAUUUAAUUAAGCUUUAAGAAUAAUUUUACUUAUUAUUGAUUGAAUAUUUAUUU